AUGGCGGUGUGCGCGCGGCUGUGCGGGGUGGGGCCGGCGCGGGGCUGCCGGCGGCGCGGGGCGCAGCGGGAGCAGCGGCAGGAGGGCCCGGCCGACAGCGAGCCCGACACGGAUUCCGAGGAGGAGCGGAUCGAGGGAGCCCGGCUGGGACAAGGGGAGGCUCCGGCCCCCGGCCCGGCCGCCCGGGCCCCGCUCUCCCUGCUGGAGCUGCCCCCCGAGCUCCUGGUGCAGAUCUUCGGCUCCCUGCCCGGCACUGACCUGCCCAGCCUGGCCCGGGUCUGCAGCACCUUCCGCCGCAUCCUCCGCACCGACACCAUCUGGCGGCGGCGCUGCCGGGAAGAGUAUGGUGUCUGUGAGAACUUACGGAAACUGGAGAUCACUGGAGUGUCCUGUCGAGAUGUCUAUGCCAAACGUAUAAAUCCACGAGUGAAGUCGGGGCGUUUUAUGAAAAUCCUUCCCGACUACGAACACAUGGAGUACAGAGAUGUUUACACCUGCCUGCUUCACCGAUACCGACACAUCUUGGGACUGUGGCAGCCAGACAUUGGGCCGUACGGGGGACUGCUGAACGUGGUGGUAGAUGGCUUGUUUAUCAUUGGCUGGAUGUACUUGCCCCCUCAUGACCCUCAUGUGGAUGACCCAAUGAGGUUCAAGCCCCUUUUCCGAAUUCACUUAAUGGAGAGGAAAAGUGCGACUGUUGAGUGUAUGUACGGCCACAAGGGGCCCCACAAUGGCCAUAUCCAGAUCGUAAAGAAGGACGAAUUCUCCACAAAGUGCAACCAGACAGAUCACCAUCGAAUGUCAGGAGGAAGGCAGGAGGAAUUCCGGACAUGGCUGCGGGAAGAAUGGGGCCGGACUUUGGAGGAUAUCUUCCAUGAGCACAUGCAAGAGCUCAUCUUGAUGAAAUUCAUCUACACCAGCCAAUAUGACAACUGCUUGACGUACCGACGCAUCUACCUCCCUCCUAGCAACGCUGAUGACCUCUUAAAGCCAGGUCUCUUUAAGGGAACUUACGGGAGCCACGGCCUGGAGAUUGUCAUGCUGAGUUUUCAUGGGAAGAAAGCUAAAGGGACUAAAAUAACUGGAGAUCCCAAUAUCCCAGCUGGCCAGCAGACAGUGGAGAUCGACCUGGCGCACCCCAUCCAGCUCCCUGACAUCGAGAACCUGUGCAACUUCAAUGAGCUCUCCCGCAUUGUCCUGGAGGUGCAGGAGCAGGUGCGCCGGGAGCAGCAAGAGGAGGAGGAAGGGCAGGACGAAGAGGAGGGCGGCUCCCGACAGGGCGACUCGCAGCAAGUGGAGCAGCCUGUGCAGAGGGACGAUGCUGGGGCUGAGGGGACUGAGGCUGCAGGGGUAGCAGCAGCUCAGGAGUCGGCGCUGACCUCGCAGCCUUUUGUGCUGCCCGUGGGAGUCAUAUCAAGGAACGAGGAUUAUCCCCGGACCUGCCGGAUGUGUUUUUAUGGCACGGGGCUCAUUGCCGGACACGGCUUCACCAGCCCUGAGCGAACGCCGGGCAUCUUCAUUCUCUUCGAUGAUGAUCGUUUUGGGUUCAUCUGGCUGGAGCUGAAAUCCUUCAGCCUCUACAGCCGGAUCAAGGUCUCUUUCCAGAAUGCCGAGGCGCCAUCCCGAGAGGCCUUUGAUGAAAUGCUCAAAAACAUUCAGUCGAUGACGACUUGACAGGCGGCCCCUUGUGGACAGAGGGGGGAUUGCGAAGAAGGCUUCUGCUCUCUCCUGCCAAGGACAGAACCCCUGCCUGUGGUACCUCUGAACAAAAGCAUGCACUUUUCAAUAAGGCCUUUUUGCCAAAAUCUACACAUCCCUGUUAGAAUAUAAACAGAAUCCCCACGCUGCUCCCUGGCAGUACUUUCUAUAUAGUCUGCGACACCAGUCUGCAUAGUGGAAGGGAACCUGCACAGGAGGGAAAUGAGCAUGCUCGCAUUUUUAAAAGAAUGUAUCAGAGCAAAAUUCCUUAGAGGCCAACAUUGAGGAACAUGUAAAUAAUCUAUAUAGGAGAUAUAAUGUAUACGUGCUCUCUGCUCUAGCCAUUGGCAGAUCCCUGCAGAAGGCAAACCCUUCAGCGAAGUGUCAUGUUCAAUCUUUCCUGCAACCGGCCCAAUCUAAUAAUUUGAAGACUUGAUCACCCCCAAAAACCCAACAUCCCCACCUGCCAAUUUAUUGCGUGGCUCAAAAGUGACUAAUUGUGUUUUGCCCCCCUCCAAGGCCCUUCCUCAUAAUGCAGCCUUGAUGGAAAAACAGACCCGAGGUAGCUCUGCCCUUGAUUUGGGAAUUAAAGUGGGAUUCAACAGUAAGAGAGGGGAUUUCCACUGCAAACAGCUCCACUGGUACUCUCAUGCUGUCUCCCAAAGCUCACUGCCCCCAUGACCCUCUUGGACUGUAGUCUGAAUCUGACUAGAAGCCAAGCGGGAAUCAUAGCUACCUUUAUAGGGACCAGUAUGGAACUCCAGACAAAACCAGUUCAGAUUGGAGGAGAAACUUCUGCAGUUUUAGCUCAUUUUAAAUGGAUCUUUUAAAAGACUUUUUUAAAGUUCUCAUUUUAAAGAACUAAAAAUCCUCUAAAUAUGGUAAACUACUGACCUUCACACUUGCUGGAUGACAGCCGCUGUGAAAUGUAAUUUCUGACUAGGCCAGUGCCUGUGAUGUGGUAUUUCCCCCUGUGCAGCGUAAAGGAAGCUGUUGUUCAUUCUGAUGCCUCUCAAUGGCUUUUCUGACACUUCCCGGGGAACAUUUGUUUAUUUUUCAGUGGCCUCUGUAGACGUCUGUCUCUGGCUUCCCCAUCCCUGUACUGCAGGGUUCUUGUAUUCUUUCCCCUACCUAAUACGGAUUUCUCUUCCAGUGACACCAUCUCAGAAAGCUUUUGCACUGAAUUUCCCUUAGCUACUCUUAACAUAGCUAUCUGAGCGCUAUUGGAAGGUGCAGGUAGGUGGGAAGAAGUCCAGAAUUCCAACUAUCAUCUUCUAUCUGGCAGAGUUCUGCUUCAAAAGCAAAGGAGCUGCUUGCCUCAGAAACCCGGUAGGUGACUGUAGGUCAGGCAGUAGCUAACUGUGCAGCAGAAGGAUUAUGGUUCGGGCUCUAUGUCUGUUAUCCACCGUAUCACAAGUUUUCCAGACACUUUUGUUUUCAUUAGUCUUGAGUAGGAAGAGACGCAGGAAUCCCCAGCUGAACGAAGAAGGAGUCAAGGUGUAAUGUAUCAGGGGAACUGCCUUCCUUUUCCAGUUUCCUCCAUCUCUUUGACCUGAGUCUGGGAUCAGGGGCUGGGAGAACCGCAGCCAUGAGGCAGCUAAUGGAUAACUCUGGGCCUUUCUAAUAUCUCUCCUGCUAUUUAUCACUUGUCAGCUAUUAUAGAAGCAAUUUCCCAACAGUUUCUUUUGGGGGCAGAUUGUGGGGGUUGAGGGGCGGAGGAAAGGCUUGACUCCAAGUGAAAUCUGCGUUCUUUGUCCUAAUCCCUUUUGGAGAAGAGGAAGACUGUUAAAGAUUGCAUCUUUCAGCUCCCAUGAGGGCGCCUCCAUUGGUGGGACGACACCUUGUCUCGCAAGUUCUCCCUCUUUCCACCUUUGACAGUGGAGUGGGAUGAUUUUGUGCUGCUUUCGAGGGAAAGACUCACUUCUUGGCUGAUUUCACUGAUAACUGCAACAGGAGG